UACGGCAGCGCAAGCGAGGGUGGGCUGAGGCGCUGGCAGUACGGCAGCUGCGGGGGCAGCCUCUUUCUGGCCCUGCUUGGGACGUCUGAGCACCUCGGGCCAGCCGAGACGGGCAGCCGUGAAGUUCAUGGUGAAAAUGGCAGAGGAAGCCCUAGCGCCCCAGUAGCCGGUGCCCACUGGCCAGGUAGAGUGCCCAUCCCGAGCCCCGUGUGGGACAGCCACACAAAGACUGAAAUGACAAUCCCUGACCUCUAGGAAUUUGCCCUCCACUAAGGGGAAACCAGAACCUUGAUUAGGCAGCUGAAACCAACUCUACAUUGGACAUGGGAAGAUGCCCCUGCAUGUGAAAUGGCCUUUCCCCUCCGUACCUCCUCUGUCUUGGACUCUGGCCAGCAGUGUGGUCAUGGGUCUUGUGGGUACCUACAGCUGCUUCUGGACCAAGUACAUGAACCGCCUUAACGUGUACAACAAGGAGGUGCUGUACGAACUGAUCGAGAAUCGAGAUCCUGGCACACCACUAAUCACUGUCUCCAAUCACCAGUCCUGCAUGGAUGACCCACACCUCUGGGGGAUCCUGAAACUCCGCCACAUCUGGAACCUGAGGCUGAUGAGGUGGACCCCAGCAGCUGCAGAUAUCUGUUUCACCAAGGAGCUGCAUUCUCAUUUCUUCAGCUUGGGAAAGUGUGUCCCUGUAUGCCGAGGGGAUGGCGUCUACCAGAAAGGGAUGGACUUUAUCCUGGAGAAACUCAACAAUGGGGACUGGGUCCACAUCUUCCCUGAAGGAAAAGUGAACAUGAGCCAGGAAUUUCUUCGUUUUAAGUGGGGAAUAGGGCGCCUGAUUGCUGAGUGUCACCUCAACCCCAUCAUCCUUCCACUCUGGCACAUUGGAAUGAGUGAUGUGCUUCCCAACGCUCCACCCUAUUUCCCCAGAUUUGGACAGAAAAUCACCGUGCUCAUUGGGAAGCCAUUCAGCGCCCUGCCUGUUCUUGAACGUCUCCGAGCUGAGAAUAAGUCAGCAGUGGAGAUGCGCAAAGCCCUGACAGACUUUAUCCAGGAUGAGUUUCAGAGCCUGAAGGCACAGGCAGAAUUACUCCACAACCACUUCCAACCUCUGAGGUAGCCUGGGGGCUCCCAUGGCCCUGAGCUGAUUACUGAGGAAGCUCCUGCCCUGCUAAAGGCUCUCCCACUCCAUGCCAUCCUGCCAGGAUGGCCUGCUGCUUGUCUUCCUUCGAUGCUCUUCUGGAGAAGGUUCCAUGUUCCUGCCUCAAGAUCUGAGAGCACCCCCUAGUUCUCCCCAGUCCCACUCUCCUGGUGGCAGCUCAGGGCAUCUGGCACCUUGGAUAAAGAGUUGAACUGUGUGCAUGGGGAGCCAGGAAUGGGCUGCUUCCCUUCCAGACACCAGUAUCUCACCCUGGCCAGUGCAUGGGGGAGUGUAUAUUGGGGGUGGGAGAGGAAAGUCAACUAGCAAGUGUCGGUAAAGGGUUUGGUUUUAUGCUUUUUAGACCAUAGGUUUCACUCUGGAUCAUCCUUUUCUGGGCUCCCCAGUGGGAGUUCCCUUCCUUCUGUUUUUCUAGAUAGAGCAGCAGUCCCUCUUACCGUAUGCCAAAACUUUUUCUGUGGUCUCUGGUGCAAAUCAAUGAAAUGGUGGCCUGGAAGGAAUGGGACAGUUAUGAGGCUCACUGUGAUGGGGGUGUGGGGGGGGGGGGCGUUCACGCAGGGAGCAGAGAGAGUGUCACGGUCAGGAUGUCCCUGGGCUCAGAAAUGUCUGCUUUGCUUUUGGCUCUAUUGGGCAGCAUUUAGCUGCCCAUGAGGAUAUAUUAUGGUUGCCUCCGUAUUCCCUUGAGAAGCCUGCUCAAAGCUCCCAUUUUAACUGGAACACUCUUAUGUGCUAAUGGAACCUUCUUUGGAGUUCCUGUAGUCUGGAUGAGAUGAGGCUGGGAAAAUUGUUACCUUUCCACUUUUUAUCUGAGAGUCUGCUUUGCAUUUUGCUCUGCUGGCAAAUAGUGAAGACUGGGGAGUACUGGGAUAGGUAAUCAAGAGGUCACAGGACCUAAGAAAGACUUAGAGGUUAGAUUUGUGAGGAUCCUUAACAGUCAUAAUGAUUGUCUACUGGGAUUGUGAUCUGUGUUGGUGGGAAUACCUUUGCGCAUACAUAAAAUCAUGGAAUAAUCUUGAAAUAUUAAAGUAUAUAUUCUCACAUAUAAGGGAGAGGCAGACUGGUUCUAGUUACUCCCAGAAAACUUUCACUCUUCCCUCUUUCCCCUGUGGCCAAGGUUUGGUCGAGGCAAAGCAAGCUAAGGGCAGGGAGACUGUCUCAGGGCCUCAGUCCCACUGGCGUCUAGGGAGAGCAGGAGCCAAACUUGCAUAUAAUGGGGACUGGGAGCAGAGUCACAUUCCUUUUCAUCUCAAGGAGUUGUUGUCUGGUCCAGAGGAGGAAACAUUACUCCUCUACCUGCCCACCCCAAGGCUGUGAUAGCCUAUCUCUCUCUCCCCACUGUCUUCUCUUUUAUGCUUGUGUGAUUUUUUAAUAGAUUUUUAACAAUAAAGUCUAUGUCUGUGCCAUGAUUCUACCUAC